UUCAGUCUUUCGGCUUCGAAGCGUCUAAAUGAUUGAGUGGAUCUGCAGUUUCUGAGGUGACUCACAGGAAUAUUCAGACAUCAGGGGAAAUGAAAAGGAAACUGUGAUUUUAAUGGAAAUCUGAAAAGAAACGCAUAUGGAAGGGUGGAAAUAUCUAAAGAGAAAAUACAUGGAAAAGCUCUUCACCGUCUUAUCAUCUUUAAUCUUUUCAGUCAUGUUUUAGUUAUAUCACCACAGCACAGAUUUAUUAGAAGCUGCGCAUUUGUAACGUUAUAGCCUAAUCAAUGAAUUGAAAACUAGCGUCAAAUCACGUCGAACUGGAACUCUGACGAUAAAGUCUAAAGAUUAAUUCAUCGUGUUUUGAGUUGAAUUGCUUUUUGUGAAGUAGUAUGUAAAGUUGUAGGCUUAUAAAUUGAAGUCUGUUGUGACGUGAAUUAAGGAUUUUAGAGUUUAAAUUCGUGUGAAAAGUUUCGCGAUAGAUGAGGUAUAGGCUAUUCGCUUCAUCGUUUCAUUUGAAAAUAUUAUUCCCACUGACAAUGUCCAAACAACAGGAACAUCAGGAAAAACGAAUCCUGGAAAUGAUUAAUAAACUGUAAAUCGUGCUUUAACGAAUAACAUGGUUAAAGUGCUUUAUUUUAUCAAAAAAACUAGAGAAGGACAGCAGUGCUUGUUGCUAAACUCCAUGUGUCAGAAAUGAAGGAAAAAUCUAAGAAUGCUGCGAAGACACGAAGAGAAAAAGAAAAUGGAGAAUUUUAUGAACUGGCCAAAUUGCUGCCGCUGCCCUCGGCCAUCACAUCUCAACUGGACAAAGCUUCAAUCAUCAGAUUGACCACCAGUUACCUGAAGAUGAGAGCUGUGUUUCCAGACGGUCUCGGAGAGGCGUGGGGUCAAUCAUCACGGAUGAGUCCUCUGGACGUCAUGGCCAAAGACCUCGGAUCUCACCUGCUGCAGACUUUAGACGGGUUUGUGUUUGUCGUGGCGCCAGAUGGAAAAAUCAUGUACAUUUCAGAAACAGCUUCAGUGCAUCUCGGUCUGUCACAGGUGGAACUGACUGGUAACAGCAUAUUUGAGUACAUCCAUCCUUCUGAUCACGAUGAGAUGAACGCCGUACUCAGCACACACCAACCUCUACACGCUCACUUCAUGCAAGAGUGUGAAAUCGAGCGCUCGUUCUUUCUGAGGAUGAAGUGUGUUUUGGCGAAGAGGAACGCAGGUCUUACGUGUGGCGGUUAUAAGGUGAUUCACUGCAGCGGGUACCUGAAGAUUCGUCAGUUCGUGAUGGACGUGUCACUCUACGAGUCGUGUUAUCAGAUUAUCGGUUUGGUGGCGGUCGGUCACUCCCUCCCCCCCAGCGGCAUCACUGAGAUCAAACUUCACAGUAAUAUGUUCAUGUUUCGCGCCAGUCUCGACCUCAAACUCAUCUUCCUGGACAGCAGGGUGGCAGAGUUAACAGGUUAUGAGCCGCAGGACUUGAUUGAGAAAACUCUCUAUCAUCACGUGCACGGAUGUGACGUGUUUCACCUGCGAUAUGCACAUCAUAUAUUGUUGGUGAAGGGUCAAGUCACCUCUAAGUACUACCGUCUGCUGUCGAAACACGGUGGUUGGGUUUGGGUGCAGAGCUGCGCUACGAUUGUGCACAACAGUCGCUCAUCUCGGCCACACUGCAUCGUCAGCGUCAACUACGUGUUGACGGAUGCGGAGCAUACAGAGAUGUUGUUAACUCAGGACCAGAUCAGAUCUAGAUCGUCUGUCUCCUAUAAAAACUGUCUUACAUCUCCUCAGGACUCACACAAACAGCUUAAAGCCAAAACUGCAAGAAUAAAAAACAAACUCAAAGUUUCUCCAUAUCCUCAGACUUCUCAGCAUCCUGAUAAACUGGAGUCUCAGCCGUGGAAGUCCAGUCAGGACGAGAGUGCCGUCUCGCUGCCGCAGAUCCCUGAACCACGACAGGUGGCGUCUUACUCUAUGCCCCACUCGUACACGAGCCUGCACGCAUCAGCCGAUGACCGAAAGCUGCGAGCGACGUCGAGCUCCCCCGGAAGACCCGUUCUGUCCUCGCUGCAGUCUCAGGACAACGUUCCCUGGAGCUUUAGUGAAAACAAACCUGCUGUAAAUCUCCAACCAGCCCGCAGCACAUACUCAGGUUACAGCAGGAGAUUCACCACCGAGCUGCUGCACGAAGGUUACAGAUCUAGUGGUGCGUUUAAAGAGGAACCGAACGAGACCCGGGAGGAUGACCCGGGCGGCCCGCCGCUGGCUACAAGCAUCUGUGAGCAUCCCAGAGGACAUCACGGGCCUCCGGGCCUCGGCCGCCACUUGCCCGUACAGAUGGUGUUGGAGCAGAGACGCAGGCUGUGUGUGACGGACGUCCCGUACGAGGCGAAUGACAGGCAAAGGUGUCCGGACCGACUCCCAGAGCAGAACAGCCUAGAGGAGAGGAGGCUUCUCUUGGAAAUGAGCCUUCCGCCACAAAGUUCAUUUGUUUCUUUGAACGUCCACCACGUUUUGGCCAAGCGUAGCUCCUUCCCAUCGGGCCCUUAUGCUCUGAGUCAUUUAACCGAGAACUACGGCUACCGAGGAGAGGAGGUGAAUCCGUGCUUGUACCGGACACAAAGUCCCACCUCCAGCCCCUCCCCUGAGGGACGACACGUUCCCCAUUACAUCGGCACGUCUGUUAUCAUAAGCAACGAAAGGUGACACUCAGAAUUCACUGGAUGAAUGACACGGACUGUAGCGGUUAAACAUUACAAUGACUAAGAGUUUACAGGCGGUCAAGAAGACAUUUUAUGCAAACUUACAAAGUCUACAGUGGAUAUAUAAACACACAUUGUCCCAAAGAGAUUUAUAGAUUCAUUGUUUUAUUGAAGCAACAAAAUGUCAGGAAUAAAACCUUUUCUAUUUUUGCUGCA